UGAAGCCGCAGGAUUAUCUCUCUCCCUCCCUCCCUCCUGGGCUCCAUUUUAUUUCCUCUCCAGCCAAGAGGGGAGGCAGGAAGGGGCGUCACGUCCAGGCAGAGGAAACCCCGUCUCCCAGGCUCCUGCCUUUGAUGCUCUCUAACAAUCCUUCCUCCUCCCCCUUAGCCUACCUUGGUGCCAACAGCACAGGCGGACCAAGGAGCCCAGUUCCCAAAGGAAAUCCGAACUCUCUUGCCUUUCAUUCUCCUCAGAUUUCUGAGCAUCUGUUUUAAAUCCCCUCCAAGUACGUUGGGCAGGGAAGCUGGAUGUGCAGUCCCUGAGGAGGGGGAAGGUAAGGACCACGGAAGCCAUGUGUUGCCCGUUCUCUCCUCUCCUGGGAGGACGCGGAGCCCUCUCCGCUGUGCCAGCAGGUCUCUGAGAGUAACAAAGCCGAUGAGGGGAAGGGAGAGGAGCCGCAUAGAGACAGACCCAGGCUUCUAUCUCUCUUUUUUGCCAUGUCAGCUGACAGCCACCAGCUCCACACUCAUUCCUACCAGGACUCACUAAGUUCUACUUGUUACAGUCUCUUGAAUGUCAAUAGUCACCCCCUGUCGAAGAGCUCCUCAAGUCUGGCUUAUAGUGGGCAAUCAAGUUUAGAGGAAAGUCAAAGCAACAAACAGGAGCUAAAGAAAAGCCACAGUAGCACCAUCUGCCAUACCCUGGGAAACAAGAGUGAUGCAAGGAGUCCUGGGUGGUCCUUCUCACAGCCUGGGAUGGUGGGACUUGGAUCAGUGGUCCAAACCAUGAGCGACCGGUCAGGCAAUGACAAUUCACAGAGCAGAAGUAAGACUACAAACCAUAUUCUUAUCGCUGAAGAGUCCCCAGUGUCCUGGGAAGUGAGGGGCACUAAGAUGUGUGUAAAGAGCAGCACUGUUGAGAAUGUUUCUUCAGCCUGCAUCGUCCACCAGCAAAGCAUGUGUAAAACGGAAGAACCAGGAACGACCCUUCAGAGAAGCCACUCAGACCUAACUUGCAGUUGCAAACAACAGACCUAUGUCACUCACGUAGAAACCAGUGCUGCUCACUCCAGCCUAAGUUCUAGCUGCAGGCAUGAUCCACCAAUGGCUAGGGUGUCUUUCCAAACGCAGAGGUAUGGAUCAGAAACAAAUGAAAAUACAUCUCACUAUCAAAACCUUGUGACUCAUCUUCCCGUUCUGCCCAGAGACCAAAAAGUACCCACAAACAGCUUUGACAGCAGUGGUAUUCCACGUAACACUACUGUUUACACAGAUCCUGGAACGUUUCACGCUGCCGUGCUAGGACCCCACAUGCCUGGAAAUGGUUUCUCAAACAGGACGAUGUUCAGUCAAGCCACUGGGAUUAUUCACGGUGGUCUGACUUACGGUACUAUUCCAAACUCUGCAUACUCCCCCAUGGUGAUGACGGUUCAUAACAAUUCUGCAGGGGCCUGUAAUAUACGGCAGGACCCUUGUAUGAAGGUAGAUGCCACCGUCCCUGCCUACUGCCAUUCUUUGCCCAUACCAUCUAUACAACUUGUGCCACGGUUGGUAUGCUCGGUUAGCGAGUCAGGAAAAGAGCAGGCAGCACCUGGCUAUUUUCAUUCCUUUUCUACUUCAGACAUUCUGACAUAUCCUAAGCUGGUGUCUUCAGUAAGUGAAUCAGGCCUGGAUGCCAAGAGAGUCCUGAAGUGCUGUAGCAUUCCUGGAGAACAACUGCAACAUGCUCAACACUGCGCUCAGCCAGAGAGAGCUCCUCCAGAAACAAAGGCUGCCUGCGUUGCCCUUAGUAGCCAGCAAGGUGCAGACAUGGUAAUGACCAUGAAGGAUAUGUGGACUAUGACCUCUAUGAAUGAUUUAACCAAAGGAUUGAAACCAGCUCAUGAGUUUAGAGAUGCCGAGGUACAAACCCUUCCAACCAUGGAGUGCAAAUCCGUGGCAACAAGCCCGGCGGCUGCAGCAGAAGGCCACUCGCAUGUGUUCCCCGAGGUGAACUUGGAGCAAGACUUGGAGGCCCCCAAAUCUCCAGUACGUGAAGUGAGAUGGGAUGAUGAAGGAAUGACAUGGGAAGUGUAUGGGGCAUCUGUGGAUCCAGAAGUCCUUGGGUUAGCCAUUCAAAAACAUCUUGAGAUUCAAAUAGAACAAUUCCAGACAGACCCUGCUCAGCUGGCUGGGGACAGUAAUGAGGAGCCAUCUUCUGAUAAAAUGGGGAAAAAAAGGUCAUUCAGAACAAUGAUGCAUUCCCUGAGAUACCCGAGCUGUUGUGCUCGUUCCAGUACUGCAGUGGAGUGAGCAGAGCUGUAGGAUGUAGGACAGCUGUGCUGCUUUUAAAUUGUAAAUAAAUGCUGACUCUUAAGUGUUAACACAGUACCUGUGGACAACCCACGUCAGGAUAAAUGGGAAAAGUUCAGUGACCGUCAAAUGCACAGCAAAGCAAGGAAAAACCCGUGACCGGGCCAUAUAACAGGACGUGAGGUUGUACCUACAUCAUGCCAUCUGAAAGCUCUUGGCUGUAUUUAAUGUAGCACUGUUUUAUUCUUCUGUGUUAGUUUUAAAUGAUAUUGUAAGGAAUGAGACUUCUUUUCUAAAUGAUGCAUCUUUUUAAAAUAAUUUUUAAAAAUAAUUUAGGGUUAAGUAUUUUAAUAAUUUAGGGUUAGAAAACAAAGUUAGAAAAUGAUGCUUUAAUCAAAGUUCUUAGCUUUCGGUCCUACUCCCUUAAAUUGUUUUGGGAGAUAUUUUGCUGUUAAUUUAUAAUAAUGCUGACUAUGAGCCCACUUUAACUGUAGGCAAAUUGACAACUAGUGUAAUGCUGUAUGACAAAGAAUUACAACUGUUGCUACAUAACUCUGAAGUAAUUUCAGUAUUGCAAGUCUGAACUCUUCCCUUUGCAAGCUGAUGUACAGUUGGAGGAUGCUCCUGCAACUUUCAAAUUAGUUUGUAGUAAUGAUGAGAUAUAUUCUAAAUAAUCCAGCACUGAUGUUUACCAAGUGAUUGACACAAAUGUACAGUAUGACCAAAGAUGACUCAUGUGAUGUGAAUUACUUAUUGAAUGCUUGUUUUAGAGACAUGGAACAAAAGCUGUUCACAUUAGUCUGUCACGCUAUCAUACCCUACAAAUCAUAAGCAGUUUUGUUCUGCUUAUAUUAAAAGUAAUUUCCAGUGAGUUCUUUUUAUGUGCAUCUAUCCUGAACAGUGGUUAUUCUGUUGUUGCAUAAACCACAGGCAACUGUUUGCAUGUAACCUUUGCUCCUCUUGUGUUCCCUGCCUGGUCUGAGUCAAGCGUCUGCUGAAAAGUGAGACUUCGUGCUUCGCCAAAGCACAGCUCCGAGGUUAUUUGUUCCAAGUGCCUUGGUCAUAUGGGCAGCUUAAAGAUUUUUCUUCCAAAACCAACUUUGCAAUUUCCCAGUGAGAAACUUUUGAUGAUACUGUAAUGCAUCCAUAGUCCAAGGCCUGUUUGAACUGAAAGGUCUGUCAAGGAAGCUGAGACUAUUAUUUCCAGUGUCGUCUGUGGCCUUUGGUCAAUGUCUAAGCUUCUUUAGGAAACUAGGAAUGUGCAGUGUUGUUUGAUGAAGACAGAGGAGGAACAUUCUGUCUCAAAGGAAAACUUGCCAUAUCAGAGAACUUACUGCUGUGGGAUUAUCUAUUCUUUCUUUAAAAUUGUGUGGUCAUGCUUUUGUUGGUUUGGUUUGGGUUUUGUCCCAGUAAGUUAGCAGGCUGCCUACAAAAUGCUCGCCUGACAUUUUUAUAUGAGCAGGAGCCCCUGCUGCUUAGGACAGCUUUAAAAUUUCAUCUAGAAAAUCUUUAAAUACAGGACCUGCUAGCUGGAAUGUCCUGCGAUGCACUAAUUUAAUAAUGUAGACUAGUUUAAGAACAAAUUCUAACUUCUGAACAAAGUGGAAUUGAACAGAGCUGGCUCCUGUGAAACUCACUUUACAUUCAGGAGGCUCCAUUCAGGCCCUGGGACUUUGGCCUCAAUAAAGUCUGAACUCAAAAUGAGUUUUAUACAAACGGAGUCUGAAACCACUGGAAUAUGAUGCCUUACUCAGGAUGCCUCUAUAGCUGUAGGCAUCCAGGUUUCCACAAUGAUCCUAGAUGUUGAAGUUCCUUUUAUUAAAGUUUUACUAGAAGUAAAGAAGCAAAAAAAAAGUCACCUGCUAUUAUUUAGCGUUUAGUUAAACAGUUUUUAUAUGGGCUUAUUUUCUGGUCCAGAGUAUCAUAAGCAGUACCAAACAUUGAUUUCAUCCAUUCUUCAAAUAUCACACUUUGAGAAUUUUAAGCACUGUAAUGGCCUAAACCUUUCUGUUGUCUGUUACCUUGUCCUUGGCUGUGCAGGAAAAUUAAAGAUUGGAACAAUCAAACUAAAGCUUUAAUAUAGCAAGUGACCCUUGCUCCCGUGACUGUCGUAAUCACACUUUCAAGCUAUUUGGCAUACGAGUUCUCCUUCCCACCCCUGCCUUCCCAAGCACCCCUCCAAAAUAAAGCCCCCAACUCUAGGAAGAGGCUAAAAUAGGACCAGUGUCAAACUGGUCAGAAAGAGAUAGUUUGCAGAAGGGACUGGAGCAAUAUGGCAGUCCCCCGAGUGCUUUGCUUCUUGUAUACUGUAAAGGCUGGAACAGCUCUUAGACUUCACACAGCUCUGGUGUGAAUUACCUAUGGUUUAUAUAUUGGUACAGAUUUGCUGUUAUGGUGCUAAACACUGAUUAUCAUUCCUGGGUGAGAAAAAUAAAUAACAAGUGAGGGGAAAGGACACCAGCGAUUUGCUAAUCAGGAAAAACAGAUGCUCGCUCAUUACAGGCAUGGUGAGUCUUUAGGAUACUAAUUGGAGUUGCUGUGGGAAACAGACGUAUCGUUUGUGUUUGAGGAUUUCCUAUGCUUUUGCAAAGGUUAAAAUACGAGGUAUAUUAAUGGAGAUCUGGGAAAAAAGCAGACAAAUACUCAUCUAAAUAUUAGCUACAUGGGUAAAAUAAGCUGUGUAACUUUUACGAUGGAUACCUCUUAAAAAAGGGAAUUUGGAUUCACUUUGCAUUUGGGUUCAAUUUAAAAAAAAAAUUUAAAUGCGGUUAGGUUGUAUAUUAAGCUUUCUUCAUAUUAGAGCUCUGUUCAAGUGUUAAUCUUGUAAACGUGAGAGCUCUUAUCUCUGUUUUUUAUUUUUUUCUGACUUGGAAAAAUCCGAAUCCAUUGCAUUCUACUUUUAAAUAUGACUAAAGCAGAAGGAAAACUUCCACUAGAUUUAUAACUGAGCAGGUCAAUGCUUAACACAGAUGCAUGUCAAGCUAGGGUGAAAUCAGAGUGCAUUAUUUCCUUCAGCCCAUUUGAAAACCAGUUUGCAUUGCGUCAUGUUGCCUCUGCUCCCCAGCCCGAAUGGUCAGCUAUCGUUUGCAGCUGAUCAAGCUGGGGUUGCCUUUAGCACAAACCCUCAGUGAGGGCUGCAUGGCACACGAGGAACUUAACCCUCUUGCCUCAGUGCUCCUUCUUUCCCUUAAAUAGGGAACAGCCACCUGGUAAUGCAGCAUUUUGGGUAUGUUAUGUCAUCCCUGGACACUAAGUAAUGUCUCUAGAAGGAACGAACUGUAUAUGAUACUUGGUGGGUAUGGGAUUGAUAAUGGGCUGAGAUGCUUAGGUCAGUGGUUCAGCACAGACUGAAAGGAAUUGAUGCUAAUAUCACUAUGCUGAUGAAAUAGCUCUGAAAAAUUUAUAACAUUUCAUUUCACUCUGAAUUAUUAUCUUGCUUUAGUAACAAAGGAGAUGUAUCACAAACUUCCCAGCGAUUCCUGCUGUCCCUAGGGUGAUGAGGAGCCAGCCAUGGGGAUGGGGGUGUGCAGCUGAGGGGCUGUCCAAAGAUGGCAACCCCGUGACGGGGUCCUGUGGGCUCUCUCUCAGUCGCAGUUCAGUCUGUGGUGGUUGCAGACCGUGUGCCUUUGGCCUCAUGCUGCUGGAAGAGACCUUUUACUAACACAGCCUGGAUCCUGAGCUGGUUCUGCUAAGGACGGCCACGCAUCUCACCCUUCCUACACAAGUUUUACUGUAGGAAGCCCUGCUCUAGGGUAAGCUUAUCUUCCUUCCAGAGGUAGCUGAAAAAAUGAUGUGUUGUAGAGCUGAGCCAAAAGGCACCACGGAGCAGCACUGCUCCCUGCGUGUCCAUGGUCCUCCGAGACAGGAGUCAGUGGAGAGGAAAAUACAAUUAGCUGUUCUGUACCCUCCUGUAGGGAAAAAAGCAUCUCCAGUGCAGGGACAGGGGCAUGCAUUUCUUCCUGAUCACUUCUCUGCUUAUAGCCAGUAAGAAAUAAUGGCAAGCUGGACUAAUUGCAUUAUUGGAUAGACAUUUAGUCUUUUAAAUCCAAAGCAGUAACGACCUGUCUGGAGACAUGCUGAGGUAAGAGGCCUUCUGGAAAGAUGUUACUCCCUGUUAAAGAUGGAAUAAGAAAAACUGUGUAGCUUUGCUUAGAAAAAGUAAUGUGUGGUGAGUUUGGGAUAAAGCAGAAUCUUGGAUGGAAGAAAAGACCCAGGAACCCCAGCUCCAAACAGGGAGCAGGGCCAGGUGCCCUCCAGACACUGCUGUGGCCCCCUCUCUGAGGAGCUUUUCCAACUGUGAAAUUGCAAUGUUAAUACUUCAUUACCAUCUGUUCCUUUCAGACAUGUUGAGGUGAUUAAUUUAUCUUCUUAAGCCCCUUGAAAAUGAAAGCAGUCUAUUAGUGCUAAGUAAUACUGUUAAUUGGCAAGAGAGAAAGAGGCAGCCUGUGGGUUUAUGAGUUGGAAAUAAAUAAUUCUCAUCGACUCCCACAGUACCAGUUAAAUACCUUGGUGGGACUUGCUGUGUCAGUCACUUGUGUCUCCCUUUCAGGGGACUUUAGAUCUGUAAAAGUGAAGCAAGUUUUGAUUUCUAAGUUUUAUUUCUUUUUCCUCCAUUCAGAACUAUGGAUCUGAAAUGAGGAAUACAAUGUGCCUUUUGAGCUUCUUUCCAAAGCGUUGUUGUUUACGCAGGUCACAAGAUCCAGCUGACCCUUUGCAAAUAAGGAGGAUCUAAUGCCUGCGAGCCUGUGUGUAGAGCCCUGGGCUGCUCGUGUCUGCAAGUACCGUGUGCCUGCUGAGGGAGGGACCCUGGUGCUUUCCACUGGUGUUCUAGUCCAGGGCAUCCCACUCCCCUUCCCCUAUAAACCACAGAGCCAUGUGGUUUAUAAAGGGGAAGGGACGAGUAAACUUUGUGGGUGAUGUGUGGGUUAAUGAGAAUUUUAUUUCUUUUCUCACUCAAAAAGAAACUUGCAGCCAAAAGUUCUGCCCGGUACAAAAAUGGGUGUGCGCCUUUUUCACCUCUGCAAGCUGGAAUGAGUGUAUCCAUUUUCCACGGGGCAGCAGCCCCGCUCUGGGCAAAACCAGUGCUGUGGGGUCAUUUCAUCCUCCUCUGGGAGCUCCUUCACAGGACUAAGCUCACGGCUGCUUGUGGCUUUUACUGCCGGUCUGCAUCAGUGAAGGGAACGGUGCAUAUCCUUUGCUGUGGUCACUCGGAUGCCCGGCUUCCAUCUUCCUCCAGCUGGAGAAGUGCUGGGUUUUGAGCUGACAGCCAUCACAUGUACAAGGGCCAAUGUGUUCAGAUAGCAGAGAACUAAGCUGUAGCUUGUCUUUAGAAGCAUUAAUCCUAUCUAAUAUGUGACCUAAACAGAUGUCAUCUAUCUUACUAUCAGCCUUUCAAUACGCUACGGGCUAUGCCACUCAGACAACAUGAGAAGGAAGCUUAGAAAACAAGGGGGAGAAACAGAAGCAAGGAAAUGACACUGCAGCUGUCCAUCCUGUCCCGGCCACCCCCUGCUCGCCUAAGGGCAGAAAGGGCAACUCCAGCAACAACGAGGUCCAAUGGACGAUGCUCAGCAACAACAGUCGCAGGUGACUCAGCGGUGUGAUGAAGGAGAGAGGUUGUCCCCCAUGAUGCUAAAAGCAGCGUAGCACCACAAAUCUGGGUCAGGAGCUCCGGUGAACUCCUGCGGGCCAGGAUUACAUCUCCUAGCUCCACCUGGCGCACAGCCCAGCAGUGCAGACAGACGCUUUUCCCCCUGCAUUUUUCUGGUACCUUCUCACCUCCUACGAUUUUAACUGUAAAGCAGAGAUGGGGUCCCAGCUUCCUGCACCAUGAACCUUGCCAAAACACCCUUUUGUUUGUGCUUUCCAGUGCACAACUGCUGACAGGCAGCUCUUUGCAGUCGAUGAAGCACACAGAACUCUCCAGGCUUGGGUGCCGUCAUCUGACCUGCCCAGUACUUACUGCCCUGACAGCAACGGCAGGAGCUGGCGUUUCUGGUCCUUCCCCUACCACGGACACAACACCCUCAGUAAUGACACAUGCAUAAAGUCAGUCCUUUCAUCUCCUCUGACUGCUUUUUGUGAUGGUUGUAUACAAUUUGCUUACCCUGUCUCUGGCACUGGCUGUAGUGCAAACUGCUUCGCUCCAGAUUGGGAGCAGAAAUUCCUGCAUGUAGACUGGCCAGCAAACUGUGGCAGAGUGUUACUUUCAGCCAAACACCGCAGGGAGAACUAUAUCAGGCAUUGAAGCAAAGCCACACUCCUGGCCUUGGCAAGUCUCCUUGCAGGUUUGGACCACAACAAGUAAGAGAUUUGUUCACGUCUGUGGUGGGACCCUUAUUCACGAUUGCUGGGUUCUCACUGCAGCCCAUUGCUUCCAGAAGUAAGUUCUGCUUUUGGUUAGACUUCCUGGAGAAGCUACAGAAAACCUUUCUGGUAAUCUCUUUAAAUGAAAGCAGCGUGUGGAGUUUAGGUGUAGUCUGUACUUCUGUUGCAUGUGAAGUGGGAUAGACUAUAUGUGAGACAGGCUGAUAGUAAUUUAAAAAAGUUUGCAGAAAUGAGAAAUCCUUAACCUAGAAGAAGCGAAAAGGCCAAGUGUGGCAUGCAGGAAAAGACCAUUACAACAUCUGUUCACAGCCUCUGUAUGAAACUGUUUGUGUGGGAGUUCAAAAAUAUUUAGUUUAUCUCUGGAAUUGAGGUAGCUUGACAAAAAACCGCAAAGAUUCAAGGCACGUAAAUACAGCACAGAGAGCUCUGAAAAUCCCCUGCAGGGAAGUAAAGCCUCGGACUUAAGCAAAACUGACUGCUGCCCCUCUCGGCUCCUUGGGCUGCUUGGUGACUGCGAGGUUGGCCUCUGGCCAUGGGCAGGAUGAGCUCUGGGGGAAGGCUGGGGAUGGAUCUGGCAUGCAGUUGUGAGACCGAGCACCAGGUCACGGCCUGCCUGGAAGGGGACCAAGGACAGACGUCAGAGAGGAUAUGAGGGCGGGAUGCAGCCAGGCUGACAGGGACAAAGAGAAAACAACCCACUUCCAGCAGCAGAGCUUGAAGCAACUGGUGAUUCCCCCGGGAGCUGCAUGAAUUUCCCCAAUGCCUAUAAGGACGACCCUUCUAUAAUUUCAUAUUCUGCUUUAGGACUGUUGCUGUCUCUGAGAGGAGCGGCCAUCAGCUUGCAACUCUGCCUUGGCAUCUGGCUUCACCUCUAGCAGUGCCAUGCUUGCCUCGCCGCAUCAGUGUGCUGCACUUCUUUAUUUCCCUUUCAAAAGGCAGCGUUGUGCUGCUUAACUCUGCGGUAGAAUUGUGGAACUGGGAAAUUACAUUAUGAGGCAUUAAAUAUAGGAGUUAAC